AUGACUGACAACAGUAUUAAGGAAGCAUUACUGUCUGAUCCUCCUAAUGUGCUGGCAAGCCAGACAUCAGAAGGAGCCAUACAGUUUCAACGACGCAGGUUACGUCUGUCCUCUGAUAAAAAACCCACAGAACCUGCUGGUCCUCUGAUAAAAAAACCACAGAAGAAAGGGCCAAACUUCAGGCUUGUAGGCCUCAUCCUCUUUGUCUACCUUCUAGCGGGUGUCAUCAUUUUCUACCUUGUCAUGGAUCAGAUGUCUGGAAUGAGAACUAACAGAGUGCUCGACGCCUUGUACUUAGUUAUCGUCACAAUGACCUCGGUUGGCUGUGGGGAUCUCGUCCCCAACAGCGACACAACAAAGCUGCUUGCUUGUGCUUUCGUCUUCACCGGCAUGGCGAUUGUUGGUAUCUUCAUCAGCAAAUUGGCAGACUACCUUGUGGAGAAGCAGGAGGUGUUCUUCAAAGCACCGCAAGGUGAAGCCAAAAUGCUCAGCGCUGUCGAUACCAACAAGAUAAAAUACAAGUUCUGCACGGUUGCUCUACUUCUUGUGAUGGAUGUCAUUGCUGGGACUGUGUUCCUGUGGAAGGUUGAAAAAAUGAGCCUCGUUGAUUCCUUCUACUGUGUCUUUUAUGGGGAUAAAACCUUCCCGUCCAAGUUCGGCCGUGUUUUUGCCAUAUGUUGGAUAAUCACGAGCACUGUCAUCACGGCUCAGUUUUUCCAGUACCUUGGGGAGUACUACAUUGAGAGACGGCAGAAAAUGCUGAUCAAAUGGGUGCUCACCAGGAGGAUGACAACCAUGGAUCUUGAGCAAGCUGAUCUGGAUGGUGAUCGACAAGUUGGUGCUGCUGAAUUUGUACUCUACAAGCUGAAAGAGAUGGGUAAGAUCAACCAGGAGGAGAUAUCUUUCCUCAUUGAGGAAUUUGAGAGGAUCAAUCUUGACAAUCCGGAACACUAUAGACGUACAACCUCAUCACUAUGA